CACUUCUGGCGGUGCGGGCAGGAGGACCUCGGUGCUCCCAUUAGGUCUUUGGCUUCGCUGGGGCUGUCUCACUCCUCUCACUGGGGGAGACACCAUGUCCACGACCCUCUGCCAAGUGAUGGGGUUCCUUGUCUCGUCGCUGGGUGUUGUAGGGUGCAUUAUGUCCACUGCCAUGGAUAUGUGGAGCACGCAGGACUUGUACGACAACCCGGUGACGGCUGUCUUCCAAUAUCAGGGACUGUGGAGGAGCUGCGUGCGGCAGAGCUCUGGCUUUACAGAAUGCCGGCCGUAUUUCACCAUUCUUGGGCUGCCAGCAAUGUUUCAGGCUGUGAGGGCCCUUAUGAUCGUGGGCAUUGUCCUGGGCAUCCUUGGCCUCUUUGUGUGCAUUUUUGCUAUGAAGUGCAUCCGAAUUGGCACUAUGGAGGACUCUGCAAAAGCCAAUAUGACUCUGACCUCUGGCAUCAUGUUUAUUAUUGCUGGUCUGUGUGCCAUCACUGGAGUGUCUGUGUUUGCAAACAUGCUGGUCACAAACUUCUGGAUGUCCACAACCAACAUGUACCAGGGAAUGCAGAAUGUCCAGAAUAGGUACACCUUUGGCUCAGCCCUUUUUGUUGGCUGGGUGGCGGGCUGCUUGGCCCUCGUAGGAGGAGUCAUGAUGUGCCUUGCUUGCAAAGGAAUGAUUCCAGAAGAAUCCCGUUACAAGGCGGUGUCCUACAACGCAUCAGGACGGAAUAUCUCCUACAGAACAGGACCGUAUAAGGCUGGUUCAGGGUACGAACCUGACACGAAGACUAGGAAGGGUCCAGGGUAUGAAGAAGCUCCUCGGAACGAGGAUGCAGGACGCCCGUACCCUUCAAAAUACGACUACGUCUAGUAGACUUCCUAGGCUUGAGAUGUGCUGUGUUUUAUAGAAUGUUUUUCACUUUAGACACAAAAAGUAUACGCAAAUAAGGCAGUCUGUAAAUAGGAUUUUGUUUUCUAUUGUUUUUCCCCUCCUCAAAAACGGUACCCUAACCACGUUUCUUUUAUUCUUCUGCCUGUUGGCAUACCCAUCGUGAGGAGGCCUGUAACAAAAGUAAUGUCUUUUUCUGUUCUCAGAAUACAAUUGUUUCCUCAUGUUUUACAUAUAAACUCUGGCAGUCGGGACCAGGAUUCUGCCUUGUGCCAUCUUCUAUUUCUUCAAAUAGGUUUAAAUUCUCAUUAUUGAUGACCCUGAUAGAGUUUGUAGUCCAAACACAGUCACUUGGAUGUCUGUGGCUAAAAAGUACAUAGUGAUGUUGCAUACAAAAAAGCCUUCAGAAAUCAAGAAGUUGAAUCACACACAUUAUGAAAAGCAGAAAUUACGAUAUGGAAGUCUUAUGUAUUAUUUUGUUGUGUAUUGUAAGAAAACUCAGCUGUGUCCCUUUGGCUACAGCCAGUGUAUGCAGAACCAGCAGCCAUGGCAUUUUCCUCCCUGGCAGUGUUUCUAGUCAGCCUCACCUUUAUUUUCUGGUGGUACUACAGUGCUGAUCUGCUGUGGUAUUUAAUCUGAUUUAUGCUACUUAGACAUUUGCCGUUUCCCGUGAUACCUAAGUGUAUUUAUUUCUUCUGAUCUCAUUGGGGAAUAUAUAUAAUCCAUUGUUAUUCCUAUGCUAGAUAUUUGAUACAAUAGCUGAAAACCACUGUGUGUGACCAGAGUUCCUGCAGAUGUCAUCAUUAAUGAAACCAGGAGAAUUUCUCAUUUAGAAUUAAUUAGAGUUACAAUUGAGCAGGAAUCCCAGGGAGCAUUAGAUGUGAAACUCUGCACUAACAUCUUUCUUGUGUUAAUUCUUCUCCAAAUGAUGUGAAGAUUAAGUCCUUAGUAAGACACUGCCUCUUCUAGCCAACCUGCAAGAGAGGAUGUUUAUUGGAAGGGGUCAGAGGAAGAGACACCAGAGCUCUAGGAAAACAUCUUGGAGCAAAGGGCACUGAGAGAUAAAUUAGGGAAAAACAGGUGUCUGAGACCUCAAAAGUAGCCUUUUUGAUAGACUUCUGCAACUUCUGCUCUUGUCCCUCUUGUAACAACAGUAAGUUGCCAGGAAUUUGCUGGCAGAUUUGAUUUGGGUUGUUCACAUUCGGAAGGCAUCAUAGAUAGAGCCAUUCCCCCAAAGUAUGACCUCUGCUAGGUUUCCCUCUCCAGCUAGCAUCUCCCGUGCCUUGUGGGACAGCAGAGUGGGCUGUCCUGCUCAACACCAUUACUCCUGGUGAGCACAGUCCAUGCCCAUCAGCUCUCCAUGCCCAUCAGCCCUCCAUCAUUGCAUGGAGUCAUCUCCAGCACAGGUCCAGGAGAAGAGGGGAGUCUGAAUCUCAAGCAGCUCAGCAAGAGGUGGUGGGAGUGACACGGGCAGCAUGAUCAAUGUGUGGAGAGAUGGGAAGAGCUUCUACCCAACAGAACCCCAGCAGGACUCUGGUCCUUGCUGCUACCUGGGUAAAUAACUGCCUCUGCCUCUGCUGUUGCCAGUGUUGACUCCUAUUCAGAGCAGAGUACUUGUUUUAUGGAUAUGUUUUGAAAGGAGACCGAUUCAGUUGUGCAGAGGUAAAUCCUGUCCUCAUUAAAAAUACUUACUCUUUUAAGUGGAUUUUUCCCUUUUUCACAUUAUAGACUUAGCUUUUUUUGCCUUUUAUUUGCAUGCUGGAUUUUUUGUCUUAUUUUGU